AUGUGCCUUGGCUCAAUAGUGCCGUGGGUCGACAUGCUUCUAGAUCGCGAAAACCGGGCCGAGUCGAGCAUGCUACAGCUGAACGAUGACUGUGUCCGCCUCGUCAUCAAACUACUUUCGUCUCCCGAUGCGCGUCAGCUAGCGCUUACAUCCAAAUACCUGCGUGGCCUCGCUUACAAGAGGGCCCAUGAAGACGUUGAAGUCUCUGACGACGAACAGACGCGUGCAUAUUGCAAGUACAUGCUAGGAGAGCCCAGACGCAUGAGUUUCCUACGGCAAUUCAAGCUCGCUUACGCAACUGAUGUGAAGGCAGAGACCGUCGGUCUCCUUGCAGAGGUGCUCAAGAAUGCGACGGGCUUGCAUGGUCUCAAUCUCGACCGGAUCGAGGGCCUACUUCGUCUUGACCCAACCCUUGGACAUGCUAUCACCGAGCUCCCUGGUCUCGAGAAUCUUAUAUUGCAUGAUGGCGGUACUCUAAGUAUCGAUCUCUUUUCCCGCCUUCGGAGCAGGCCAGCAUACGUAAACCAUUAUCACUCUCUGGGUGAACUCCAUCGCUUUGGAGUCGAUCACACACCCCUGUUUACAAGUCCCGCUUUGGUCAACGUGUCAUGUCUGUGUAUCAAUGGAUUUUUGGCACAAGAGCUGGGAUUUCUCAGUGAGAAUCGGCAGCAAACCUCGAUCUACAUGGACUCCUGGAAACCUCUGCCACAAUUGCAACGACUGGACCUAUACAAUACCGACGCGCCCCUGCGCCAGAUCGUUCGUCUCUUUCCUAACCUCCGUAUACUUUCCCUUGCCCAUGUCCGCGACGUCUUCCGCUCAGCACAAGACAUAGAACACUGGCAGUCGCUGGGCUACGUCCUUGCUCAAGUGGGUGACAUCUACACCUGGAGGAUUAAGUGUCCGGUAAACUGCCUCAUUCUGCAGUACACCGUGGACCGGAUACAGAAGGGCAUGAACGAGCGAAGGGAGUACAGUACAAUCCUGUGGGCUAUCCGCCACAUGCGUCCGAUCAUACUCAGCCUGGACAUGGACCUCGCCGCUCCUCCGGAAUUCUGGCACAAGUUCGCGCGCAAGGCUCGUGAAGUCAAAUGUAUGGAGCUGGAGCUACAAGUCUCUGGAGAAUAUCUGCGGUUUUGGAAGGAUGAAGUCCUACCGAUUCUUGGGCAGUUCCUCGAUGUCUUGUGUCUGAAGAUUAGUGUGGAAUACAAGAAGCCCGAAUCAUCGGGAAGAAAUAUACAACCCGAACGCAGAGCCGCGGAACACGGCGGCGGGACUAUAGACGGCGUCGACGCCCCAAACGACGGCGAAGCUGUAGGCAACGGCGAGCUUGGGGAACACGGCAACCAGCCCAUAGAGAGCGACGGCGAAGAGUCUGACUACGAGGAAGAAGGAGACCCCGACGACGACGAAGGAGGGGCUGGCCACAAUGCGGAAGAAGAGACGAGCCCGGACGGAGAAGACACACCAGAUCUCCAGCUCUUCCGGGCGGUCGCCGAGUCGCUGUAUAGCCCCAUCAUCCGUCACGUCGGCUCCGCCCGGUACGUGUGUGUCGCAUACCGCCAUCCAGGGGACAUCUCUUCAUGCCUCGGCCAUCUCGAGUGGUGGCACACGGCAUGCGCAAGCUACGGCCACGAGGCGCACAAGUUCCCGUCAGAGGUAGCCAAUGAAAUGCGAUGCCAUGCCAGCCGGACACCGGGGUCGGCAGAGGUUGUGUUUAGCUUUCCACACCUGGCAUGCGAGGCAGACGAUGACUCGUCUGACUGCAGUGGGGAUUAG